AUGACCAGCGUUGUCUGACAGACUUCUGGGAGUUAUUUCCAAACACCUCGUCGUCGGCCAACAGAAACCAGGGCUUUUUGGUGGAAUAUAGGUGUCAUGGAACAAGAAAGUAAUCUGUCUUCAGAAGGUAUUGGAGAACUUUCUGUCGUAUUCGGCCGAGUCCUGCUGAAGCUCCAGAAUGCCAUCACCAGCACAGUUUUACAGCUCCGUCUGAAAGUUGUACAGAGUUUCACAGUAUUCUCUGUGCUCCUCCUGCUCCUCUGGAUUUCUGCCUUUUUAUAUGGCAGCUUCUACUACUCAUACAUGCCGAGAGCAACUUUCACUUCACCCGUGCACUAUUACUACAGGACAGACUGUGAAUCUCUUUCUUCAUUCUAUUGUUCUUAUCCCGUUGCCAACGUCUCUCUGAUGAGAAACAAACAACAUGUGAUGACAUUCGGCCAAGUCUAUCGGAUCUCUUUGCAGUUGGAGAUGCCCGAUUCUCCAACCAAUCAUGACUUAGGGAUGUUCAUGAUUAAAACGACCUGCUUUUCGGAGCAUGGAGGGCAAGUUGCAGCCUCCGCUCGCUCUGCCAGACAACUGCUGAAAGCCUCCAGCUCUCGCUUUGGCAUGCUGCGGUACCAGUCAGAUCUGCUGAAGACUCUGGGAACACUACUUCUCCUGCCAGCCUUCCUGACGGGAGCAGCCGAGCAAAAACAAGUACUGGAUGUCGAGCUCUAUUCAGAGUACAUAGAUGACCCUUAUGUCCCUUCAGUCACAGCUGUCAUCGAGAUCCUGUCCAACAAGGUUCAGAUCUACUCAUCCCACCUGUUGAUUCACGCUCAUUUCACUGGCAUAAGAUACUUGCUCUUCUAUUACCCUGUCCUGUCUGCCUUUGUGGGCAUUUCCACUAACUUCAUCUUCCUCAGCUUCCUCUUGAUUCUCAGCACCACAGGGCAGCUGUUUAGGCAGAAACCAAAGCAGCUUACAGAGGAUGAGCAGCUGCCCACAAUGAUGGAUAACACAAACAACCAGCCGCAUGAUGAGAACGAGUUUGCUGCAGGAACUGCAGAGGUGAUGGGGCCUCACCACAUGGACCCUGCAGAUCGGGACACUGAGGAGCUCUAUUCACACCGCGGCAAUGACACAGAGAUGAAGAAUGGAAAUGUAUCUGGUCAAAGUGAAAGAGAAACACAUGGUGUGCUCAUGGAACAGAAUCACCAUCAACGCUUUCAGCCGGACACAAACAUGGAUACUUCAGAUGACAGCCACAUGGAGACGAUGGAUACGGAGACAGAGAACGCUGACUCAUGCUCCAGACUAACAGAUGAGGCACCUCAAUAUCUGUUAAUCAGUGAUAAGCCGUCCGGUAGCUGCAAAGAGAUCCGAGAGCGAUUCAGACCCAAACUCCUGACAACAAAAAGCUUCCCCCCCUAUAAUCAGUGUAUUGGAGGACUAGGAGACGACGGAGAGUUCAAGGAGUUUAAUUCAGAAUCAAACACUGUGUGCCAACAAAAUGUAGAUGAAGCUGGAGAGGAAAAACCUAAAAGCACAGAAAGAAAAACAGACCUGAACCCAAGGUGGCCAAAGGACGGAGUGAAGGCUAAAUGGAGGUCCAGGAGAAAGGAGAGAUCUGGGGGAAACCCUGAAGGCACAGAAGGCUUGGAGAAAGGAAGAUGGAGUGGUAAAAGAAGGGUGGAGGAGAGUGUGAAGGAAAUGGAGCUGUUGGACGAGGAGAGGGAAGGGGGCGCAAACAAUGAGGAGAAACACUGGAGUAGAAGCUCCAGUUUUGAAAAAGUCAGAAAAGAAGAAGACAAAGAAGCUUCAGCGGUGCAGGGGGAGAACAGCAGCAGAGGAGAGAGCCCUGAGGGAGAGGAGGAUGAGGGCGAUGGAAUGACAGAGGGCUCCGCACAUCCACAUCCAAUUCUCGCCAGACUGUUGCACUCAUCAUCCACGUCCUCCUCCUGCUCCUCCAUCAACCUCUCCUCAGCAGAGAGUGAUGAAGUCUUCAGUGAAGGAGAGGAUGCAACAUCAAAGAGGAACAGCUUCAGGAAGUGUCGCUCCUGGAAAACCUUCCUGACCAUGAUGCAUUGGUCCCUUCGCCGGCAGAGCUCCUGGGUCCAGCUGGCUGGCCAUCAAGGUAACUUCCAGCUAAGUAAAGGGGGCGAGGUCCUGAAACUGUACAGUGAACCUGAGGCAAAGUGUCUGGACUGCCUGAUGCGGGACCCGCUGAAACCGUUUGUCCCGCAGUACUACGGUUUGGUUACCAGAGGGGAGCACUGCUACAUCCGGCUGGAAGAUCUACUCUGCGGCCUGAGGAGGCCUGUUAUCAUGGACUGUAAGAUGGGAGUCCGGACAUACCAGGAAGCUGAGCUAGUAAAAGAACGUUCCAAAACCACCCUGAGGAGUGACAUGUACCAUAAGAUGGUGAAAGUAGACCCUACAGCCCCAUCAGCUGAGGAGCACACAAAAAAAGGAGUGACCAAAUGUCGCUACCUUCAGUGGAAGGACACGACCACCUCCACGUCCACGCUGGGCUUCAGGAUAGAGGGCAUUAUGAUGGAGGACGGCAGUGUCCAGAGGGAUUUCAGAAAAAUCCAGACUUUGACUCAGCUCACAGAGGCGUUGCUGUACUUCACCAGGAGCCACCUUAACACCCUGAAAGCAUAUCACUCCAGACUCCUGGACCUGAAGGAUGCACUCAAGAGCUCACAAUUUUUCAGAACCCAUGAGGUGAUUGGCAGCUCGCUUCUCUUUGUCCACGACCACAGCAAGGCCAGCGUGUGGAUGAUAGACUUUGGAAAGACCACCCCUCUGCCUGACAUGACGGAGCUCCAACACACCAUCCCUUGGUCAGAGGGGAGCAGGGAGGACGGUUACCUCAUUGGUCUGACCUCUCUCAUCACCUCUCUGGAUCAGGCCAUUAGUGUGGCCUCUGGGCAGCAGGAGGACAACUGUGGAGAGGAAAUCAGCUUUACAUGAAGUAUUCCGGGGUGUGCCUGUGACACAAAACCGAACUGAAUUUCAGAAUAAUAAAGGGCAGCUGUUACACUUUCAAAUUGUUAGAUAAACAUCUCUUCAUCUGACUUUGAAUGAAGUAAAAGAAGAGAAGGGAGCUCGGUGAAACUAAGACCUAUAACACUGGUGAAAAGAUUGUUUUGUCUGUACAUCUGGUAUGUACAAAUUCCAGAAGCCAAGAUAGUGGUGUCUCUUUAUCUUUUCUACAUUGUAUUUUCUUUACUCGCAGAAGGCAGGAAAUCCACUGAUUGUCUUUAUCUUCUGAUUACUUAUUUUUGGUUGGUAGGUUUCACAAACUAAGCUUAUGAGUUUACAGCAGCAAAUAUAGUGAAAGGUGUUUUCAAACACGCACAUUGUGUUGAACAGUGUCAUGUUCUACCAGUUUUCAAUCAGUAUGUGUUCAAAUUUGUAUCAAUGCUUACAAGAGGACUACACACCAUGCAUUAAAAAACAGAUAGAUUAAUUUU